GGAGUGGCAUAUUUCUCUCUUACGCAGCUGGCCACUCUGGUUGGCAAACGCCGAAAAAUAAAUAAAUAUAUUUGGUGCAUUUUCACAUUUUGCACUACUGCCAACAAGUAUAAACCCGAAUUUUUGGAUUGAGCAGUCCUACUUGAGUUACGAUUGACAAGGAACCAGGGUCCAACUGAAAAUGGCCAACCGCACGGUGAAGGAGGCCAAAAACGUGCACGGCACCAAUCCGCAGUACCUCAUCGAGAAGAUCAUCCGUUCGAGGAUAUACGACUCUAAGUACUGGAAGGAGCAGUGCUUUGCUCUCACGGCAGAGCUGCUGGUGGACAAAGCAAUGGAGCUGCGAUUCGUCGGUGGCGUCUACGGUGGCAACAUCAAGCCCACCCAGUUCCUCUGCCUCACACUGAAGAUGCUGCAGAUUCAGCCGGAAAAGGACAUCGUAGUGGAGUUUAUCAAGAACGAGGAGUUCAAGUACGUGCGAGCAUUGGGAGCCUUCUAUCUACGUCUCACAGGAGCUGCCCUGGACUGCUACAAGUACCUGGAGCCGUUGUACAUCGACAAUCGAAAGCUGCGCCGCCAGAAUCGCGCCGGCCAGUUUGAGAUUGUCUACAUGGAUGAGUACAUAGACGAACUGCUGCGCAACGACCGUGUCUGCGACAUUAUACUGCCCCGAAUCCAGAAGCGCUCCAUUCUCGAGGAGAACAACGAAAUCGAGCCCAAAGUGUCAGUGCUGGAUGAGGACUUGGACGACGAACUGCCCAGCGACGAGGAGAAGGCGGACGAGACCAAUCGGCCUAAAGAGAAUUCUACAGCAGUGAGACGACCACGGAGAGUUCGCUCCAAAUCAAGGUCCCGCAGUCGGGAGCGCGACCGAAGAUCUGGGCAGGGCAACAACGCCCGCUCCCGAGAUUACUACGACGAACUGGAAGACUACGACCGCCAGCGAAAUAGGGUGCGUAAUCGGGACACCCACAACGAGGACUAUGACCGCCGGCAAAACAGUGGACGCCAGGAUCGCGAACGAGAGCGCCAGGAUCGCGACAGUAUCAGGGAGCGCGACAGGGACGGCGACAGAGAUCGCCGCGAUAGGGAACGAGAGCGAGAACGUGACCGUGGCCGUCAUGACCAGCGGGAACGAGACUCGCGAGGAGAGCGUGACCGUCGACGCUACUAAAAUUAUAAAUAAAUUGAAUUAAAUAACCAGUAAAAAGUCACAGAAAAUUCAAA